CAAAUGACAUCUAUCUCUGUCUGAGUAAGUAUAUUUUUUGAUGUUGGAACAUUUGUGGAUGGUUAGAGAGUGAUAUUGGUGGUGCUACUUUACUUGUCUUGCGAAAAUCUAGCAUAUAUGAGCACAUUUUAGCUCAUGCUAGCUCGCUAACAAGCUAGCCAAUUAACAAAAUGCCAUAUGACAGAAAUACAUUAAAAUAACAAUUUAACUCUGGAAUUCUAGUUUAGCAUCUCACCAAAUGCAACGUUACAUUGGUUUAGUUUUAAUGGCAUUUUUUUUUUUUUUUUGUUAACAAUUCAUUGUAUGGGCAGCAGAGCUCCUGGUAGCAAGGUAGGGUGACCUUAAAAAUUGUGUUGGUGGUUUACAAGUUUGGGACCAUAAGUUUUUUUAACAGCUUAGUUAAAAACAGUGUCAUUAGCUUGUAUUUAAGCUGCAGGCCAGCAGCUAAUGGUAAGCUAGUUAAGUGACUUUUUUUUUUUUAUGCUAGCGAGUGAGUGAGUGGGCGACCAAGAGUGAGGGAGCUCCGUCAGGACAGACUGCGCUGAUCACUCAGAACUGAGUCAGCAUUUGCAAAGGAAUAUAGCUCUGUGUGUCUUCCAUACAUUUGUGAGCUUGAGGACUGGACAGUCUGCAUUUGUUUGUGGCUCUUCAGUAGUGCAUUAUGAAUGUGGAAGUGUAAAGAGUGUGCUGCAGAGGAAACGACAAGAAUAACCUGUCAAGCAAUAUGGCUACACCGGCAGUGCUUCGCAUCAUCCUUGGACAAAAUGACUCUUCCAAAAUAAGCCUGCCUUCAGGAAUACCAGAUUCUGUUGAGGAACUAAAAAGUGAGAUAAAGAGACAAUGUGAGGUGGCAGGAGACUUCAGACUGCAAUACAAGGACAGUGACUUUGAUGAGUUCAUAAACCUGAAGUCCACCUCAGACAUUCAAAACAAAGCUACUCUCAAACUGAUUUACCUCCCAAGUGCUUCGUCUCUAACUAGCCCCUGCCUGUCUUCAGUGGAACCCAGUCUGGAUGAGACUGCUUCCAUUUCAUCUGUGGACACUGACAUUCUCUCAUCCUCUAGCUCAUCAUCAUCGUCCCUCAGAUGUGAGCCAUGGCCAGAUGUCUUUCCUGUGCCUGAGUUCGUCUAUGAUGUCGAGCUCCAACUCCAGCGUGCUAAUACUGACUUUCAAAAUAAUGGUAUCCUCUUCAGUCCAAGUCCAAGAAUGAAGUCAGACAUUCUUGAAAGUUUGGCAUCCCAGAUAAUCAAAUAUAAAGCUUAUCCGUGCAAUGCUGAAUUUGAUGCAGUAGCUGAAGCACUCGUGAAGAAACACCCAUGUUUAAAGGAGCAAGGUUCUGUUUCUGGCUUUUAUGGGUGGAAAAUAAGCUUGAAAUAUAAAAUGGCAAACUACCGCACAAAACUGCGCAAUAUCGGAUGUUCCGAGCUGAAUGUGAAUUCCUUCAAGCGUAAACAAGGUGAUCCACGCACAUCUCCAAAUCAAGUGAAGAAAGCUAGAAGAGCAGAAGUGAACUACUGUCCAGAUUAUCCAACAGGACAAUCCCAAGAGAGCCUUGAGGAAGAGAGACUGGCAUUAUUGUCCGAAGUAAGAAAGAGCAACAACCAACAGGUGGUUAAGGAGAAAAUGGAGAAGACAUUUGCUUACAGGCGGCAUGAAGUGAUUGAAGAAAAGCCUUUCAUUGCUGAAUUCAAAAGAAGGUGGCCAGCUCUUUUCUCUGAGCAGGAGGUAGAAGCAGAGUUUACUCGCAUCACCACUGUACCACUGAGAUCGAAAUUCAUGCAACAGCUGGAUCAUCAUUCUACACGGCUGAUUACAAUCUUCAAAAGAAAAGGAGGAGCAGCAGGGCGGAAAAUAAGGACUAUCAUGGCAGACUUGGAUAAGAAUGAUGCUGUUGAAACAAGAAGAGCCUGUGUACUGAAAGCACUAAUGGUUUACCUCAAUGAAGACCCUGAAAAUCUCAUAAGAGAGUACAUGGAUGUUGAAGACAACCAGGAGGCUAUGGACCAGACAGUCCUGGGAAUCUUUGCCAUAAAGAUGGAAGGUGCAGAGUCUACAGAUGGCCUGGCAGAUGUUGGAAUAAUCAUUGAAGGUGUGGAAGUGCUCCAUGACCUUGAUAACACUGCAAAUGCAGUCGCCAUUUUGUUUGGCCUCAUGUACUCACUGGACCUGAGCUAUCCAACAAACCUGAAGUACACAUUUGAGGUUCUGCAAAAACUUGUGAUGGAACUAGAUGGCAACAAACUUUCAACAAAGGCUCAAGUGCUAAAGAACAAACUAUUUGAAGGAACAUUUUAGAGUGUAGUGCUCCUGAGCAGCACAGAGGAAACUUGGAGGACAAAUUCCAUCCCAAACCAUCUGGCAGAAAACAGAUUUUUGGAUCUGCAUGUUGAACUGUGAACUGUGAAGAGUGGAUCAGAUGCACUAAAUGUUUAACAGAGUUGAGAAAAUGUUUACAAAAAGAGACAAUAACAAACUUGAAAAACACAAAUGAGAAGUUUGAAUUCACGUCAGCUGCAGAAGUGGAGAUCAACAAUGUGAAAUGGAGAGUGAUGGGUGAAUAUUGAAAGUUGUAGCAAGGAGGAUGAGAGAAUCAAAUCGAAAUCGUGUUUAUGGUGCUGUGAUCAAACGUUGACCAAGUUCCUGUUCAUAAGAUUUGGUACUGUCUGUUGAAAAUGUACGUUGGACUACUUUUUUUAUUUUUCCUUUUUUUCCCUUUGUGAUUUAAUUUUAGAAAACACUGCACUGAUUUGUUUGUUUUUUUUACCCCUACAAUGCUGAAGUGGCAGGGAGGAAAAGAUAAUUUUGAAGUAUUUUUACUUGACAUUUGUUCACCCUAUUCAUGUAGAUGGUUCUACAUGAAUAGGAUGGAUCUUUAAAAAAUCAGUAUCUAAUGUUUCAUUGUACAGUGUUCAGUAAUUGUGAGGGGAAAAAAGCCAUGUUCAUUCUGCCUGCUUCUUAAAGAAUAUAGCUUUAAGUUUUGGUUUGGUUUUGUAGGUCCUGUAAGAGAUUUUUGUUUUCAUUGGGCAUUUUAUACAAAUUUAACUGUAAACAAAAUUGAGUAUUUUAUAGCAUAAAAAACAUUUUAAUAUAAACAUUUUUAUUUAGAAAUGGGGAAAUAAAAAUAAGCUAUACAUGUUGAAAAAUGGUUUGUUUGAUAUGCAGGAGCAAUUUUAAGGUAUAACUCACGCAAAUUCAAAGUUUGUGGUUUAAAAUUUGUUUGUUUGUUUUGUUUGUGAUUGUUGUAGUUUUCCAUUGGCAAUAAAUAAUAUUUUUCACAGAA